GGGAUUCGGGAGCAGGAGAGUUGUGACCCCAGCAGCUGGGGCUGAGGUUCCUCUUUCCUCCUUGGGCUGCUCCUUGAGCUGGCCCUGAGCCCGGCAGCACCAUGUACGAGCUCAACGAGAGCAGCUUUGACCCAAUCACCUUCGUGCUGACGGGCAUCCCGGGCAUGGAGGAGUCCCACGUCUGGAUCUCCGUCCCCUUCUGCCUCAUGUACAUCACCGCUGUGUUCAGCAACGCGGUCCUGCUCUUCGUCAUCGCCACGGACAGGAGCCUGCAUGAGCCCAUGUACCUGUUCCUGGCCAUGCUGGCUGUCGCCGACCUCAUGCUCUCCACCACCACCGUGCCCAAAAUGCUGGCAAUCUUCUGGUUCAGCGCGCGGGAGAUCUCCUUCGACGCCUGCGUCACGCAGAUGUUCUUCACCCACUUCAGCUUCAUCGUGGAGUCCUCGGUGCUGCUGGCCAUGGCCUUCGACCGCUACGUGGCCGUCUGCCACCCGCUGCGCUACGCGGCCACCCUCACGCCCUCGGUCAUCGGGAAGAUGGCCGCGACCGCCGUGAUCCGCGCCUUCUGCAUCAUGUUCCCCCCCAUCUUCCUCCUCAAGCGCCUGCCCUACUGUGGGCACAACGUCAUGCCCCACACGUACUGCGAGCACAUGGGCAUCGCGCGCCUCGCCUGUGCCGACAUCAGGGCCAACGUGUGGUACGGGCUGACCACGGCCCUGCUCUCCUCGGGGCUGGACGUGGUGCUCAUUGCCGUGUCCUACGUGCUCAUCCUCCGGGCCGUGUUCCGCCUCCCGUCCCCCGAGGCGCGGGUCAAGACCCUGAGCACCUGCGGCUCCCACCUCUGCGUCAUCCUCAUGUUCUAUGUGCCCGCCUUCUUCUCCUUCCUCACGCACCGCUUCGGCCACCACAUCCCCAGCCACGUCCACAUCCUCCUGGCCAACCUCUACGUCGUGGUCCCGCCGAUGCUCAACCCCAUCGUGUACGGGGUGAGGACGCGGCAGAUCCGGGAGCGCGUCGCCCGCCUCUUCUGCCCCACGGGGAGGUGCCCCUGUCCUGGCUGGGGGAGAAGGUGCUGAGCGCUGCUGGAGGAACAGAAGAUGUUCAAGAGAAGCCGAGGGUGGUGGGGUCUUGGAAAUGUGGGCUUGGGUCGCCAGCCCCUUCACUGCUCCUGGUUUCCCCUGGAGAUGCUUCUGCUGAAUGGUCCCUCCAGCAGAGACCGGGCAGAGUUCAGCCGAGGAGCACCAAGGCUCUUAGAUCUGCUGAGCUGCCACCACUGCUGCUGUGGGGUGUGCUGUCCUGCAGCUUCGUGCCUGCUCCUUCGCCUGUUACCUCAUUGCCUGGAUGGUGAACACCUCAUCGGAGCCUGGCACAUGAACCAGAGCUGGAGGUGCCG